AUGACAGGGUAUCGGACNGACGAAUACAAGGACGUCAAACUGAUGGUGUUCAGAGACCCAACCUUCAACGUCCUGGACAUGCAAUCCACCAUGCGCAACAUCUUCUUGGACGAACAAUCGCGCAAGGGAUGGAAGGGACGCAUAGCUGGUCGAGGAUUUGCCAUGGCAACGACCGCGUCUGAAAUCAUCUACCACAGCUGCUACGAGCCGGGGCACAUCAGGAGGAAAUGCCCCAAGAUCAAGAACAGGGCGACAAAGAAAACGAAGCCCGCCGGAGCUACCAAGUGGUGCUCCAAGCACAACACCACGUCUCACUCGGACGAGGAAUGCUACCAGCAAGGAGGAAAGCGCCCGGAAGACGCCAAGGACUCAAGUAAAGCAUUCACCGCGUGCUCCAACUGCACUCAUUGCUCGUCGGCGUCCAACAAGCACGAUCAAACACUGGAGUCGCAGUUGUCGACUUCACCAGGGACGAGGACGCCUUUGACAGCGGCUUCAUGGAUUGCGCUGCGUCGUCGAAGAGAGCACUCCGCACCUCCCUAUCCAAGGCAAGGUGAUUCCACUCACACAAGAUCCGCGAGACCAAGGCAUGUGCACCCUCGACGUCACGUUCGAGCGGAACGUCCAGCCAUCUGGCACGAAUCCCUCGUGCCCCACCAGAAGCAGUCACAGACCCACACGGCGAACGCCGUCUGCUUUACGCUAGUGAGCGCGGACACCUGGCACAGGAGGCUUGGACAUCUCAAUGCUCGGAGCCUGGACAUCCUUCGGAAGGACACGGGUACCGGGGUGGACUAUCGCGACAGUCUCUCCCCUUGCGGGGUCUGCCAGAUCGCGAAACAUAAGCAGUCCCCCCACCCGAAGCAAUCGACUCGCGAACUAUCACGAUCUGGACAGCUUGUGGUCAUCGACAACAUGGGGCCUGCUAAUCCACCUGCGAAAUAUCAAGGAGGCUCCUUCCCGUACGCGUGCAAGAUCACCGACGACUACACGAAGAUGAAAGAAGUGUACCUGCUUCGCAAGAAAUCUGACACGACCGAGGCGGUGCACACGUACAACAUGUGCGUCGCAGCGGCAGGAGGCUACCGGAUCGAGGCCAUCCGCUGCGACAAGGGAGGCGAGAACACCGGAUCCGAAUUUCGGGACUACUGCAAGAAUUCAGCUAUCAAGCUCGAAUACGCCGCCACCAACACCCCUCAACAAAUUGGUGUAUCGGAACGGGACGGACAAACCCUGGCCGGAGUCACCCGGUGUCUUCUGAAGGAUGGAGAUUUUCCGCCGUCCAUGUGGGGGGAGUUAAUGCUGACUGCAGCAUACCUGUUGAACAGGUCCCCACACUCAGCACUGGGAGGAGCUACGCCAUACUCGAAGUUGCACAAUAAGUCACCUGAUCUUUUGGGACUUCGGGUCAUUGGAGCGCGCGCCUUCGUACACCACGAGAGAUACCGAAAGAAGCUGGACGACAGAGCUUUCGAAGGCAAGCUAUGUGGUUUCGGCCUCGACAGCCAGACCUACCGGGUAUUGAAUCCAUCCAACGGGGCCGUGGUCGAGAGCCGGAAUGUGACUUUCAUCGAAUCUCCAGCCCGCUCAGUGCCCUUCCAGUAUUCCACUGAAGCAAACGGGUACGAGAGCGACGUGCUGAGCUUCACCUCCCUGCUGGACAGCCCCCACUCUGCGAGCGACCUGGACUUCACGGCGCAGAACGAACUCCUUCGGCAAGAAGUCCGGAAGAUGCAGCAAGACAAUCUCGCUCGGGAGAAGCUUCGCCUAGAACUGGACGGGCACGAGGACGAACAUGGAAACGGGCACGACCUCGGCGACGGGAACGCUCCAUCACCACAUCUCCCAUCGACGCCAGCUGGACCGUCAUCCGAGACCCACGCAUCUAGCCCCAGUCCAUCAUCGUCGAACCCGCCUGAACCGGACACUUCUGCAUCAACUGGAUCCUCCGGCAUGCGGCGCCUGCAAGUCACCAGAGCCAGCACGCGCGGGAAGCCCACCAGCGACGAUCAUAUCGACGUCAACUUGGUUCCUGCCAAUCUGGAAGUCACCAUGAACGACCGCGGUCGAGCCCAUGCUACAACGGGCCGCGUGGAGCCAUCCGGUCUUUCCUUCACUCAGCUGGCUGAGAUAGCCGAUCAAGCCCAGCUCCCAUGCCCUGGCGAUACUGAGGAUUUCGCCCACGUUGCGGAAGACCCCUUCACGGUGCCGCGUGCUCACGCCUACGUCACGACCACUCACGAACACCACGGGAUCUUGGAGGAGACGAAUCAAGCGAUCAAAAUCCCCGACACCUACGACGAAGCCAUGAGCUCUCCCCAGCGCGAAGAAUGGAAAGGAGCAUGCAGCAAGGAAAUGGACAAUCUGCGGAAACACAACGUCUACAAUCUGGUGCCCCUCAGCAGCGUUCCCAAGGGAGAGAAGAUCCUCGGAACGAAAUUCGUCUUCAAGAAGACGCUGGACGGACGCUUCAAAGCUCGCCUGGUAGUCGGAGGACGUCGUCAAGAGCCAGGACAGGACUACGGACGCAGCUACGCACCAGUAUGCCGUAUCGGGAGCAUUCGCAUGACAUGCGCCAAUGGCUGCCACAACAACUGGCCCAUCUACCAACUGGACGUUGUCGGUGCCUUCCUGAACGCCCUUUGCGACAGAGAUUUGUACGUCAGACCCGCCCCCGGUACAUCCGCCAAGAACUCCGCGACGGGAGAACCCAUGGUGUACAAACUAGAACGGAGCCUCUACGGCCUAUCGCAGUCGCCGGCGCUCUGGAACGACACCCUGGACGAAUCCCUCACGGUGUUCGGAUUGAAAAGGACUCAAUCCGACCCCUGCGUGUACGCGUAUACCAGCCGUCAACGAUCAAGACACAUAUCCCCGCGUGUAAGCCGAUGAACCGCUUGGGGCAGCGCUGAUUACAGGGAUUUCAACCCUGGGGAAAAACCAGAGUCAGACAGCCUAACAGCUGUUCGGACCCUAGUUGUACUUUUGUUAGAUAUACAACAUAUCCACUGAGCUAAACAGUCAGCGCUGACUGUUUAGCGCAGUGGAUAUGUCGUAUAUCUAACAUUGAGUGGAGAUAGCUACAUACUGAAACCUCACGAGUUGAGUGAUGUUUGAUAGUGCCGGACACAUCGACGCUUUGCGUGAGNUUGGCAGUGGAUAUGUCGUAUAUCUAACAUUGAGUGGAGAUAGCUACAUACUGAAACCUCACGAGUUGAGUGAUGUUUGAUAGUGCCGGACACAUCGACGCUUUGCGUGAGGAAAGACACAUACUGAAACCUCACGGGUUGAUUUGUAUUGGAGAUUGCCGGACACAUAGACGUGUUGAGUGAAGAUAGCUACAUACUGAAACCUCACAGAUGGAUUGUUUGCCAGACACAUAGACGCGCUGCGUGGGGAUAGCUACAUAUUGAAACCUCACGGGUUGAGUGAUGUUGGAUAGUGCCAGACACACAGACGCUUCGAAUGAGGAUGGCUGCAUAUUGAGACCUAACGGGUUGAGUGACGUUUGCGACUGCCGGACACAUAGACGCAUUGAGUGACGAAAGCUGCAUACUGAAACCUCACAGGUUGAUUUGUAUUGGAGAUUGCCGGACACAUAGACGCGUUGAGUAAGGAUAGCUGUAUACUGAAAAUCCACAGUAGCUAAAGUGAGGGGAUGAUUCGAGGAUGCAGUACACAUAGACCCGACCCCCA